CUCUCUAUUAAGGCGUACCACUACCGCCGCCGUCUUCCGUCAGUCGCAGCUGCGUCGUAUUCCACCGCCAAGGCAAUUUCGUUGGACCAUGAGCAGAAACGCUGAAGAGCAGUCGGAUAUCACGAGGCUGAAGUUCGAGGCGGAUGGUUCGUUCAAGAGACUUGACUCUUCAUUUAGAAACCAGAUACAGAAGGGAGGAAAGUUCGAGCCAGAGAAAGAUCGGUAUCAUCUCUAUGUUUCCUACGCGUGCCCUUGGGCGACCAGGGCCUUAAUUGUCAGGAAACUGAAAGGGCUAGAGAACCUGAUCGGUGUAACUGUGGUGUCCCCGCGCAUGGGCGAACACGGCUGGCCUUUCGCCAACGCCCACAAAUUCCCAGACGCAGACGUCGAUCCUCUAUAUAAUUCCGAUCAUGUCAAGGACCUGUACUUCCGCGCGGAACCUGAGUAUGGUGGAAGGUUCACGGUGCCUGUCCUCUGGGACAAGAAGCACGAGACUAUCGUAAACAACGAGUCUUCAGAGAUCAUUCGUAUCUUCAACACGGCCUUCAAUGAAUUCUUGCCUGCCGAUAAAGCCGCUAUCGACAUCUAUCCCGAAAAGCUGCGGUUGCAGAUCGACGAAGUCAAUGCUUGGGUGUACGACACUGUCAACAACGGUGUGUACAAGACAGGUUUCGCACGGACGCAGGAGGCGUACGAGAAAGCUCUAUUCCCUCUGUUCGAAUCGCUUGACAGGCUAGAGAAGAUGCUGGAGGGAAAGCAGUACCUUAUUGGCGACGUCCUCACGGAGGCGGACAUAAGGUUAUUCGUGACCAUCAUUAGAUUCGACCCCGUGUACGUCGGGCAUUUUAAAUGUAAUAUUCGUACUAUACGAGGAGGAUACCCGGCCAUAAAUAAAUGGAUGAAGAAUCUGUACUGGAACCACCCUGAGUUCAAGGAUACCACGAACUUUAACCACAUCAAGACGCACUACUAUUGGUCUCACCCCAUUAUCAAUCCCACCAGAAUUGUGCCUGUGGGGCCUAUCCCUGAUAUCGACCCGCUGUAAUCACUCAGGUUGUAAACUUGGCAGGAGAAAUGUAUCAAUUAUCAUGUGAUAAGCAUGAAACUGGUCCAGCAUCA